AUGGAUAUCAAAAGAACCAGCACGUUGUCCUCUACCACCCUCACAUCUCAGCCGCUGCCAACCGUCGUCUGGAUCACCGAAAAAAGCAAGAAAUUGGCCGGUUUUUACCCAAAAUCUCCAUUGCUCGUUCGGGCGAUUCCGAGCACCAUUUUCUUCGAUCCAGAAACUUCCCAUCUGCUCCCACGAUGGCUUCCUGAUCAUACCCAGAACUGUUCAUCAGUUGGUAUUCAGAAUUCUAAUAACUGUUCAAAGAUGAGCAACCAUGGGUCUGAUGAAGUAAGAAGUGAUAGUUUUCUUGAGGAUCUUCAGGUCAGCCAACGCUCUGCUGUACUUCAAUGCAGCAAGGUCGAACUUGAAGAUUCGAAUGGCAGUGUUUGUGAAGAUAACAAGACUGGUAUUGGCAGAGCCUGCGCCCACGAUGGAAAAGAAAAUAGAUUUUUUGUAAAGAAGUGGCAGAAGAGGCAGCGUACUGCUAGGGAUCAACAAAGGCACUGGGUCAAGGAACAACCAAGUUACAGAUAUCCAGCUGUAGAGAAUAGUGUCUGGGUUGAGAGCAUGGUAAUAGUUUGGAAGCUAAGAGCAGCUCCAGCGCUGCUAUCAAACUGGGCAAAAGGCCCCCCGGGCAAGCCCAAUACAGCUCCAGCGCACCACUUGCAGUCCGGGCAAGUUCUGGGUCCCACCAGCCCGGGCAAGCCCAAGGGCAGAUUUUGCCUGGGCUUCAGCCCGAGGUUGCAGCCCUUGCUUGCCCUUGUCUUAGACUUAGCCCUUGUGGGUGGAGAUGCUCUAAUGCAUUGGUUUUUUCUGGACACAACAGUGGUGCUUAUGGGAGAACGCCCCGGAGAGUAUUGGGUGAAGCACCACAAUGGGUUGCUUCUCAACAGAGGUUGA